GCACAAAAUGGUGUGGCGUUGGUGAUAUUGCUGAAUCCUUUGAAGAACUAGGUAGUCAGGCAGAAGUGGAUGCUUGUUGCAGAGCUCAUGAUCACUGCCCAGUUAAACUUAAAGCUUUCAGAGCCGGAUAUGGCUUGAUCAAUUUGUCCUUGUACACUAAGUCUCAUUGCGACUGUGAUAAAGAAUUCUACUCUUGUCUGAAGAGAUCAGAAAAUAAAUUUGCAGAUGUCGUAGGAAAUUUUUAUUUUAAUUUUAUGAGAGCCCAGUGCAUUAAAGAACACAGACCUUUUAUAUGUGUUGAAAACAGAACAGAAAUAAAUGGAGGUCAAAGAUGUGUGAAAUGGAGUGCGGACCCAAACAGCAAGAAAAUGCAAGUGACAUUAACUCAACUGAAAUACUAAAAAUGAUAAAUUUAUGGUUGUUGAGACAAUAUGCAUUUUUUAGUAUUUUAUGAAGAAACAAAUUUCUGUAUAUUAUCCAUAAUUUCAACUAACAUUUUGAUAAAUUUUCACUUUAUUUCACCUUUUUUUUAAUCUCAUUACUAAAAAUUGUAUACUUAUCAAAAUAAUUAGUAGUAAGUAAUAACUGGUAGAAGUUAAAGCUUCAGUAUCUCUACAAUUUGUUCUUUGGUGUGUUAUUUUAGUUUAAACUGGUAGUACAUCUUUGGAAACUAAUACAAAUUUACACUUCGGGCAUCAAAAUCUUUUUUCCCAUUUUUGAGAUUUAUUUUGUUUUGUCUCUUUCAAAUUAUUUUUAAAUUCAAAAUCAGGUAUUUUACUAACACAAAAAAUAAAACAAAAUCAACAAAAGAGAGCAAAUAUUCUUGCUUAAUCAUUUAUUUGACAUGUAUUUAUCUUUCGUAAGUCACAAAAAUAGAUCAGCAUCUCAAUAUAUCUUUCGGAAAAAUAAACCCUUCUUGGCAUUCUUUUAACAUACCAGAUCAUUUUCAAAACAACUGGAAACCGGUUUAAUUGAAAUAUAGUAUUCACAGAAUAAUAUUUGUAUAUAAGCUUACUUGUUAUUAAGUCAUGAUUAAAAAAUAAAUAUAAUACACAAAGUAAGAAUAAUAAUCUUCGGAUUAUUAAGUCAUGAUUACAAAAAAAUGAAGUAUAAUACACAUAUCAAGAACAAUAAACUUCUUAUUGAAAUAACAUCAGCAACAAAAAAUUAAAAUAAAACAAUACUUUGAAGACGAGAUAUUUUCAGUGAGACAUUUAUAUCACAAAUGAAAAAGCAAAAUCAGAUCUCACCAAAAUUUUUACAUGUACAUUUAAAAACAAAUAAUACUAAUAAAAUAUUAAGUUUUUUAUCAUAGUUAAAUAUGAAAUGAAAUGUUUUUUAUCAUAAUAUGAAAUGUUUUUUAUCAUAGUUAAAUAUGAAAUAUUUCCUUUCGUAACAACAAAAUAACUACUUUUAAUAUCUUUGAAGUAUGCACUUUUCAGAAAACCAUCAAACUGAUGUAAUUUAUACAAUUUUCAUUAUAAAAGUUAAGCACCAAAUUUAAGAAUUCUGAUCUAGCCAUCUUCAUAUUAAACGCGACAAUAUGAUUAAAAAAAAAUUACUUUCUUUUCUAUGUAAACAUUUUCAAAAUAGAAAAUUCUACUUCCCAAGCCUUUAAAUUACUACUGCAUUCUUUCCUAAAAAACUAAGCCUGAAAUAUUUUUCUCAGUAAUAAAAUUUAGUAUUUAGUAUUGCUGGAAUAUAUUGAAAAACAACAUAUUUAUUAAAGAAACUGCUUCAUAUAAAUCAAUUUAACAGUGAAGGGGGAAUAUAAGAAUAAAGAACAGGGGGAAAAAAAAAAAAAAAAAAAAAAA